UUUUAAGAGAAGCAAUUUCGUCGGAAGUAAACGUCAUAAGCGAAACUUAAAAUUUCAAUGAUCUAAAUAAUCUAAUGGCAAUUUCUCCAAGUACUGUGACGUGAAUUGUGACGAGACAACCACCUUCCUGUAUCGCUUCGAUUUCACGCACGUAAUUUCUUUUCCCGAUCACAAUCUGUAAAUUUCCAAAAACAAACGGUCCACGACCAAACCACGCAUCAUUACUUCAAUCCAAUUUCGAGUAGGAAGAAAGAAAAUGCAAUUGCACGAAUCGAAAGUUAUCGUGCUAUAUCGUAUCUAGAAACGAUGUCCUCGCUCCGCUCGGGCUUCAUUCAUAGAGGUUCAUUCAUGAAUCUUCGUUCUUACUACGUAAGAAAUUUCUACGUCUGAAAAACAGUUUUUCGAUGCUCGCCGGUCGCCAGUUUCGCCGAGGGAUUUCCUGUGAUAUCAUCGUUCGGGGUGGAGACUAAUCCAAUGACGUAAUGAACCAGAGGGUGUACAAUACAUACGGGGCGGCCGUAACGACGUGGAGGAGGAACACAUCGGUGAUGCUGGUACCAAUAGUGGUGGAUUCAGCUCUGCUUCUCUUGGUGGUACGGAAGAAGAACGUAGAAGAGGGGUGAGUGGUUGCAGUAUAAAUGUGGCCCGCGCAAGCUCCACCAAUCACUCGCCCUCUGACCUCCAAACUCCAAGCUCUCAAGCUCUCGUGGUACCAAACACCCCCUCUUCGUUCAUACGAUCAAGAGACAAGCCAGCACGUCGGCACUGGAACUCGUGCCUCGUGAUCACCGCGUGGUGGUGUCAUUCGAGUAUCAUCGCCGAGGACCGCUCGCUACCAUCGAGGCCAACCCUUAACUUCGAUUCCAGCAGAAACUCGAAAUUGUUCGCUCUACGUGGCAGCACGAUUUGCUUAUUCCUUCGACCUGCGACACCUCUUUAAUCUCACAAACAUGGUAACGGUUGUGGCUUACAUCCAACGAUGCAUGAUCAUUUUUGCCAUCCUACUUUGUUAUUUUCACGUUCGGAGUGAACGUAGUGAAAGCGUGAAUUGCGAAGCAUUUCCAUACCAUCAAAUGUGUAGAGGUUCAAUGUCAAGAAAACGUGCAAUGUUCCCGAUCAUGUACGGAUUAGGAUGCGAGGGGAGCGAAGGAAACAUAAAUUGCAUCAAGGAAUUUGAAGAAAGACAUCGUAUUCCUUACAUUCCUCUAUCGAAGUCAAAACUGUUGAUUGCUUUGCUUAACGAUGAUCUGCAAAAGGAUAUUACACGAUCUGCUCGCCACAAAUUAAGAAACGAUGAAAUGAAUAAACGAAAGCCAUCUAUAAUAGAGAACUUCUUGUCGGAAUUGGACUCUUCGGACAACUAUUGAAUGAAAUGAUCAGGAAAUACAAAUUUUCUCGACUUGUGCAAACAUUUUUCAUCAUUUAAAAUUUUAGAAAUAUAUAUUUAGUCUUCUUUCUCUUUC